UCCUCAGUUCGCAGUCAAUGGAAUUGCUGUUCAAUCAUCUGAGGAGUCGAAGAGAUAUCCUGGACUGUUUUUUAAACGGGUGGAAAUGAGUUUCCUGGGAGGCCUGUUCGGUCCAGUGUGUGAAAUUGAUGUCGUACUCAAUGAUGCGGAGACGAGGAAGACAGCGGAACUCAAGACCGAAGAUGGCAAAGUGGAGAAGCACUAUCUGUUCUAUGACGGGGAGUCUGUUUCAGGGAAGGUCAAUCUCAAUGUGAAACAGACAGGGAAGAGACUAGAGCAUCAAGGGAUCCGGAUUGAGUUUGUUGGGCAGAUUGAGCUCUUCAGUGACAAGAGCAACACGCACGAGUUUGUGAACCUGGUGAAGGAACUGGCCCUUCCAGGCGAGCUAACUCAGAACCGAAGCUAUGACUUUGAGUUCAUGCAGGUGGAGAAGCCAUACGAGUCUUACGUUGGAGCCAACGUCCGACUGAGAUACUUCCUCAAAGUGACUAUAGUGAGAAGACUGUCAGACUUGGUGAAAGAGUACGACCUCAUAGUGCACCAGUUGGCCACCUAUCCCGACGUCAACAACUCCAUAAAGAUGGAAGUUGGCAUUGAGGACUGCCUACACAUAGAGUUUGAGUACAACAAGUCCAAAUACCACUUAAAAGAUGUGAUUGUGGGGAAGAUCUACUUUCUGCUCGUGAGAAUCAAGAUACAACACAUGGAACUCCAGCUGAUCAAGAAAGAAAUGACAGGCAUUGGUCCCAGUACGACCACAGAAACUGAGACUGUGGCCAAGUACGAGAUAAUGGAUGGGGCGCCAGUCAAAGGAGAAUCCAUUCCCAUCCGCCUCUUCCUGGCCGGCUAUGACCUGACCGCCACCAUGAGAGACGUCAACAAGAAGUUCUCAGUGCGCUACUUCCUCAACCUAGUCCUGGUGGAUGAGGAGGAUCGGCGGUACUUCAAACAGCAGGAAAUUGUCUUGUGGAGGAAGGCUCCAGAGAAACUGCGGAAACGCAACUUCCACCAGCGCUACGAGUCUCCGGAACCACGGACGACGGUUCCCGCCGAACAGCCUGAAAUGUGAGGAGUGGAGGGGUGGGGGGGGGGGGGAGGAGUACCGAAUCUGUGGAUAGGGGCCACGCAAUCAGCCCAUCAACCCAGCGAGUCAUCAGACCAGAGACCAUGACUCCUGACCAGGCUCCACCGCAUACUCCACUUUAACAUGUGGUGAUGUGAUCCCUUUUUGCUUGAACAGGCUGCGUUCACCUUGCCGUCCACUGUAAAGCAGUCUUUUAUUGCAUUAAGGACCUCCUUCCUUUCAUGAUACACAACACAGACACACUCACAAACACUCAGAAGAAGAAAAAAAAAAACACUGGAACCGACAAAACUACCAUUCAUUGCAAAAUUCAUUGCAUUUUCUUAUUUCUUUCGGGAGUACACUGUGUUCCUUAUGUAAAAGACAAAAGGCAAAUGUAUUCUAAUAGAAAGGAUUUACCCAGAAGGUGGGAUAUGAAAUUACAGCAACUAUUAAUAUUGCAGUGAGCCAAACAAUGCAUGUAAUCGGUUGGUUGAAUCAAGUUAGAUUUACAGUUCACUACACUUGUGGAACACAUUUUCAAGGUUGCAUUAUAUGGCAAAACAGGCAUACUUUGUUCCAAGGGGUGCCAUAUCUUGGAAUUCACUGCAAGCUGUAUAAGAUUUAUAUCUCGUAAAUUAUAUUUAGUGUCUAAUUUGUAUGCUUUUUCUUUGUUUUUUUUUAGUCCCUCUCACAAAACUGUUACAAAUUGUGCAAUUGAUUUACAACAAUUCUCUAUAUAUUUGAAGAUACUGUAUGCUUUCGCAAGAGAAGCUAUGGAUUAAAAGCAAUGUAGCUACAAUGUUUGUCAUAUCCCUCUAUUUGUGAGAAGUCGAAUCUGUGUCAAAGGUUGAGCGCCUGUUACUUUUUGCUCAGCUUGUGCUUUGCAGGUACUGCGAUUACUUUGUCAAGCUGCGGUAAUUAUGAGGGAGAAAUUGAAGUGAUGCGGAAAAAAAAAUAUUCCAGUAAAGUUUACUUAACACCGACUUUCACGGAGGCCACACUAGUUGGCCUGCAUCAAGCAAGCGGUUCCCCACUCAUUUCUGAACAUCAUGGGCAGGCAUACACAGAUAAUCUAGUUUUAGUCACUGUAUGUAAGUGCCUGUAUGGUAAUGAUGAAAUUCUUACGCCAAAUAUGGCUACACCCCCUGCAUGUCAGCCCUCUUUUUACUCUGUAUACUGUGUCUGAUUUCUUGAGUUUGUGGACCUUAAAAAAAUUGUAAAUAUGUAGCUUCAAGCUAUUUAUCCAUCUGUCAGAAUAAAAAAUACAGAUUUAUACUCAUA